AAUGGAGCGUCCAUCCAUGUAGUUUGUGCUGCCGUCUGUCUGUGCGUGCCUUGAUGCUGACGUACGUGAAAGAGUCUUCAUCAGGUCCUCUCAGAUGCGUGUUCGUGUGUGUGGGGAGGUUUUGUGUGGCUCCCUCUCCACGACCGCUGGCAUUUGGUGUAUACCGUCUCUUAGAACGAUAGACGAUGAGUAGAGGAUGAGUAGCCAACAGCAGCCGACUCACUGACCCGCACGUACACGGACGAGGGGAAGGGAGAGAGAAGGGAUGACUGCAGGCGUUGACUGAUGAGUGUGUGGAUGGACGGAUUCAUGGGAUCGAUACGUGAAGGUGUUGCAGUUGCGUGUUGGUCCCCCAAAUGCGCAAAUCAACUUCCCGCUCGAUAAGAAAAUGAGCCUUGGCAUGCUGCUGGCCCUGUUGUGCAUUUGCCUAUGGCAUCUGUGUGUGCUUUGCAGCAUGGGUACAUCCACAAGGUGAGGGCCGGCAAGGUCGUCCCCCGCAGUGACUGCAGGUCACACACUGCACACUGGAUGAAUGGAUGGAUAAAUGGAGUGGCGUGUCUGUCUGUCUGUCUAUGUGUGUGUGUGUGCGUGUGUGUGUGUGCAGGCAGGUCACGUCGUUGUCUCCGAGAGGAACUUCGUCUCCAAGUGUGAAGCCUGGCGGACGCCUGCACCGCACAUUCAGACAUGAACACAGCAACGCACCGGCGAUGGAUGUGUGUGUGUGUCCAUGUGUGGUCUGUCUGAUCUGAUCUUGUGCAGGGUUGUCUGGCGUUGGCCUUGUUCGAGGCACCUCCCCUCUCGCUCGCCACCCUCACCUCACCCGAGGCCCUCCAGAAAUUCGACAGAAUCCUCACACAGCCGCUGCACCAACAGCAGCCAUCGACAGCACCACCACUACCAGCGGCAGCAGCUGGGGACACCACUCAGCAGCAGCAGCAGCAGCAAGGUUCAUCGGCAGACCAGCAGAGGGCGGCGCAGGGCCAGGCCGCUGCGGCCAAGCCGAAGCCGAAGCCAAAGGUUAAGACCAAGCUGAGGCGGUUCAUCUGUGGCGGAGAGGACGGCAUGAUGCCAUGCCGCCGUUGCCCACCAGCCUUAAGAAAGAGGUACGUGGGCGGCUGACUGGCUGGGUGCCACUAAAUAUAGAGUCAUGUAGGGACGGCAUGAGUGUGUGGCGUAUGUCUUGUGUGUGUGUGUGUGUAUGUGGUUUCAGUCUGAUAACGCUAGGGAGGUUGCGGAGCUUCAGCAGGCCAACGCCUCCCUCGACCAGCAGCUGCUGGUGCUUCAGCAAUCUGCCGGUACGCUACGCGGGGUGGGCUGUCCAGCCAGCACAGCACAGCAUAGCAUAGUAGAUAGAAACUGUACCUCUCUUUCUCUCUGUGUCUGUGUUGUGUCGAUGUGUGUGCUUGAAGGGGAGUUGCGUGACACCAUUGAGUGCCGUCUUCGGUCGGCGGUGGGCGGGGAGCUGACGCGACAGGGGGCGGCGGUGGCGAUGGGCGGAAUGGGUCGUGGAGAGGGCCACGGGGGGGCAGAUGACCAGGUCAGGCUGACGAAUGGCGUCGGCUGAUCUACGUAAUACAUGCUGUGUGUGUGUGUGUGUGUGUGGAGGGAGAGACAGACCGCCCGACACACUCGAUGAACGUGUGUGUGUGGGAGCAUGAAGGGUAUAGGAACGUGUGCGCGUGUCGACUGUGAAAGCUACACACGUCAUUGUGACGAGAAUGUGAAGAGAUUUUCACCCUGUGGUGAGGACUGACGUACAUUUGUGUGGGUUUGUUUCUUUCGUUUAGUUGAUCAUCGUCCAUCAGAUCGGUCCGCCGAUAUAGACAUGAAAUGUGUGUG